GGUUGUAAAAAAUGAAUUACAUAUAAAAGGGAGACGUGUCUGUGUUUAAGAGGUGGUAGUUCAGGAAAUAUGGUUGAUAACAUAGGCAAUAAUUCAGAAAGAUCAUGCCAAAAGUAUAGCUUUGCAGGAGCCAGUAGUGAAGAUGGCAUCAUAAAGGAGCAAGAUAGAUUGCUUCCAAUAGCUAAUGUCGGGAGGAUCAUGAAGCAGAUUCUACCUCCGAGUGCGAAAAUCUCCAAGGAAGCUAAAGAAACCAUGCAAGAAUGCGUAUCAGAGUUCAUAAGUUUCGUCACUGGUGAAGCAUCUGAUAAAUGUCACAAAGAAAAGCGCAAGACAGUAAAUGGAGAUGAUAUUUGUUGGGCUCUAGCAACUCUAGGGUUUGAUGAUUAUGCUGAGCCACUCAAGAGGUAUUUGCAUAGAUACAGGGAGCAGGAAGGAGAGAGAGGCAGCCAUAGAGCAAGCAACAAUAUUGAAGAAAAAGACGAUUAUAGAGGUGAUCAGUCGAUGAAAUCUAUUGCUUCAUUGAAUUUUCCAGUGAAUUCCAGGCGAUUUUCUUGAGUUCAUCAAGUAUGUAUGGUCACUUGUAAUCUAUCUACAGCCUUACAUGCAUGAAAUAUAUUGAUCUAGUGAGACUAAUAUGCAGUUCUUUUGGUGGGGGGGAUGAGAAGGACUAAGGGAUUUUUACUUGUUUUAGAUUGGUGAGGGCUUAAAAUCUCUCUGGUUUGUUUUUGACUGCCUGUUAUUAGAGUAAUAGUUGUGUGUGUUUGUAUUAUUCUGUGAAGGAAAAAAUCUUGUAUGCAGAAUUUUCCAUUGACUUAAAAUCUUAUUACCAUGUGAUGUGACUGCUGGGAAUUAUUCAUAAACUUUCACACCU